AUGGGAUAUAACAUAACUGCUCAACUGCACGCCUACCGCCACUAUCCAAUCUUCUCUCGUGAGGUUAUCUCCCAAAUAAUGAGACUGAAUAUCCUACUGACCAGUAUGGCUUUAGCCUCACAAGCCAUAGCUGCACUCUCUGAGUCGGGCCUGCAAAAGCGCUAUCCAACAGGAUCCUUCUCCAUUCUUGCCUACGGUGUCACCCCUGAGGGAGCCAAUGUUUUUUAUUCUGACGGUCUCGCAUAUGUCGGUGAUUCGUCCCAGUGGGUGUCUGGAUCGGUGACAACCGACGUUACAUUCGUCUUCAAAAACUCCCGAAUCAUCGCCACGGCCACUAACAAGGAUUACACCUUGGACCCUGACACGUUCUUCUACAUCCGUCCCACACCCAACAUGGUGCUACCUGUGGGUUUCACUGGGAACGAUAUCGAUACACCGGACGAUACGAAAAUAGAUCAGUUUCUUUUCUAUGGCAGGUAUCUCAUGUGGCAAAAUGAGAAUGGAAUCCUGUGCGAUUCGUUCCGUUUGAAAGACACGGACGUCGACGAUAUUUACCAGCUCUACUGGGAUACUUCGAAUCUUUAUCCCCCCGGCUUCUUAAUUCCGACCGUGAAGUCGUCUAUUUAG